AUGGAGUGUAUCCUCAAGCUAUUUUUAUGCCUAAGUAAAUGCGGCUUGAGGGAUUGCUUAAUUAAGUAAGUUGCAUUCUUACCUCCAAAAGAAAAGUAUACACUUGAGCCUGAUGUUGCAAGAAUAUAUGGAGAUUCUAAACUCAUUUAGACAUAUAAAAUGAGAAGAUUAAAGAUUCCAAAGCAAAAGUAAGGGAACGUAUACGAAUAUCUACCAAGUCAUAAAAAUAUGGAGACUCAUGUGUUUUGUAUAGGAUAGAACUAAAUACCAGCUAUCCUUUGUAGAAAUUUGCAAUCUAAAAAAAAUAAGAUCUUAUUAUGCUCUCAUGGAAAUAGUACUGACCUUUCAUAAUACUAUGAUUUUUUAUGUGAAUUGAGUUAAGAGUUAGAAUGUGAUACAUUCUGCUACGAAUAUCCAGGUUAUGGCCCUACUCCAGGAAAACUUUCUGACAAAUAUAUCAUAGAAAACAUAGAAUGUGCUUAUGAUUUCAUAACUAGCACAUUAGAAUACACAUGGCAAAAUAUUAUACUCUAUUCUCAUUCACUAGGAAGUGGUCCAAGCAUAUUUUUAGCAAGUUAAAACUAGAAACCUAUUGGAGGAAUGAUAUUAAAUUCACCACUUAGCUCAGGAUUAAAAUUAUUGCUACCUAAUAAUACAAUAACAGCAAAAGAAGAUUUUUUUCCUAAUUUUUAAAUGAUUAAAUUUGUGAAUUGUCCAGUAUUUAUUAUGCAUGGCGAUAAAGAUGACAUUAUCCCUAUUAAACAUGGAAAAUACUUAUACAAAAAAUUGAAAUAAAAUUCUAAGUAUAAUCCUUGGUGGGUGAAGGAUGCUAAUCAUAAUGAUAUCUAAUAUAACAACAGAUAAGAAUUUUUUGAAAGAAUUAGCAAUUUUUUAAAGUAUUGCAGCAAUUUUUCUUUAAAUAAAACUGAAAAAGAUAUGCGUGCAGACGAGUGGGGUAAUAAAUUUAAUCAUUUGUAUGCUGAUUGGAAGCAAGAUAAAAAAAAUAUAAAUUAACGCAGAACUGUAAAAUCACAAUCAGUGAUUUCAGCCAGCUAAUUUAAUACAACGGUUAAAGAUGAUUAAAAGUCAUAAAAAUAUCAAUAUGAAGAUGAGAACAUCCCUCCUAUUAGCAAUAAAAAUAAAUCCGAAAUCACUUUAUCUAACUACAACAUUAAAAAUUCUGAAAAGAUGAAGAAAAAAGAUUUAAAAUCAGAAAUAGCUCAGUACCAAUAAUAAUACUCAGAAAUAUUAAAAAAAGGUGAUCCAGAACUUCAAUCUAGCCACUUCAAAAUAAAAAAAAUUCAAUGA